AUAAUCGCUUAUUUGAAAAUGGCAAGUCAAAAGAUCGAAGAGCUCACAUUGGAUUUAGCUGAAUUAAACGCAAUAUCUGAGAAAUUGGAACGCCCGCGCAAUAUAGAUGCUGUUCUAUUACAAAAGAAGCGCAUCGAAACCGAAAUAUCGAACCUACGUGCUCAGGUGGAUACAUUUUCGAAAGCAACCCAGAUUCGCGUCGCAAACAACGAAGUCAAGAGAUACGAAUGCGAAAUCAGCAACUACGCUUGGGAUCAAAGUGACAAAUUCGUGAAAUUCUUCAUUGGUCUCGAUGGUGUUCAAAAUUCGUCUGAAGAAAGUGUCGUUGUGACUUUUUCAUGCAACUCCAUUCUUUUGAAAGUAGCCAAUAUACAGAACAAAGAUUACAAGUUCGAAGUGAACAACCUCUUGUAUGAAAUCGAUGUAGAAAAGAGCUAUCGCAAAAUCAAAACCAACUCCAUUGCCAUUUAUGCGAAAAAAGCAACUGAAGGUAAAAAUUGGUCUCACUUGACAACUACUGAAAAGCGAUUAGCUGAUAUAAAGAAACAUUCGUUGGAAGAUGAUUUGGAAACUAACAAAGACGAUCCCGGAGCAGGACUUAUGAAGAUAAUGCAGAAAAUGUACGAAACGGGCGAUUCAGAGACAAAAAAGAUGAUUGCUAAAGCAUGGACUGAAGGUCAACAAAAAUCGCUAAAUCCAGAUUUACAAUUUUAAUGUAAAACAAUCAUCAGCUAUUCCAUAGAGAGAUUUUUUUCAAAACGAUUUUUAUUUCGAACAGCACCAUUGUAGUCUGUCGUAUUCAGUUUAAUACAAUUCAAUAGAAACUUGAAAGAAAUUGUAAUAAUUUAUAAUCUCGAAAGUGCACUCAACGCCUCCUUCCAAUUCCUUUCAAUUGGUUUCAUGAUACAACUAUGGAAAAUUUCUCAUUGAAUAAAAGUUUUAUUAUCUGUAGUACUCUCGGAUCCACACACAUUGCGUCGUUGGUGUGAGAUUAGGUCAUUUCUCUAGGAAUUGGUAAAUUCAAAAUAAUUAUCACUAUAAAAAUGAAUAAUAAUGUGAAAAUAAUUAAAGAAACAUAUUUCUUACCUGGGAAAAA